AUGUUCAGUAUGACUGCGGAGGAACUGUCGCCAGACACGGCUCUAUUGACAAAGAUUGCGUCCAUAGAAGGAAAGGUGAGAGAUAUUAGUGACUUGAUCCCGAUCUCGCUUUGGGGUUUCACAGCCGAAGUUCAUGAAAAGCUACGCCAAAGGAAGCAUACAUUAGUGAAUAAACAACUCACAGCAAAUGAAAAACAGAAGCUAACAAAGAGCAAGAAGCAACAAGUAGCGCGAACGGCAGGUGGAGUUUGUCAUCGCGUGUCUGAGGUGAUCGAUCUGCUAUCUGCUAGUGGGAAGGACAUAAAAUUGAAAAAGCCAAAUCAGCCAACCGUUCGACCAACUCAAGCGAACUCGGACAAUAAGGAAAAUCAAAAGACGGUGAAGGGAAAGAAGGAAAAGGUGGAGUCAAAGCCAGAAAUCAAAGCUGGUGAAAAAGUGGCCGCAGAAGAAAGUGCUGUCGCAGAAAAGGAAUCAACGUCUAAGGAAGUAAUCUCUUCUGACGACGACAGCACCGACGAGGAGGUCGAAAGCGUACCCGUUGUGAAAUCGAAGAAGAGACCCGCUGUUAAGUCUACUGAGGUGGAGGCGAAAAAACCUAAAUUUGACGUGAAGCCGGUACCAUGUGAAACAAAGGAUCAUGCACCAGAUAUUAUGGAGCAGCGUGAACAGGCAAUUCGAAAAUUACAGGAAAAGCUGAAAGCCAUGAAAGAUACUCGCUGUGGUAAAAAGAAGGCGGGUGUUGAUGUGUCGACGGCGCUGAAGUUUGAGCAAGAAAGAAAGCUGAAGCGACGCAUGAGUAAAAUGAAGAUGAAGCAGAGGAGAUCUGAACAGAAACAAACGAACACCGCUGGAUCCGAGGGCGGACCAGAAGCGAAAAUGAAAAAGGCGCCGCCGAAAGAAGAAGACGUAGCGGUAUCAUUUUCCAAAUUCGAUUUCCUUGUCAAAAAUGAGAAGAAGAAAAAGAGGCUGAGCACUUCAGAGAAGAAGCAGAAGUUCGUGGGAAAGGAUUACAAAUCACUCAUUAAUAAGGUCGAAAAGAGAGAAGAAAAGCUCGAGAAACUCAAACAGAAGGAGCCUGAAAAAGCUGCUGAACUCGAGCACGAUAUCAAAUGGAAACGCGCUUUGAGCAGAGCACAGGGGAUUAAAGUGAAGGACAAUAUGGAACUGCUCCAGAAAGGUUUGAAACGUAAAGAGAAAAUGAAGGAAAAACGGAAAGAAAACUGGGCGAAUCGAAAGUCCCACGUUGAAAGGGACGAGGCAAAGAGGCAAGAAAAGCGGAAAGAAAAUCUCCAAAAAAGAAUCGAUGAGAAGAAAAAGCGUAAACUGCAGUUGAUGAAAAAGAAGGGGAGAGUUUUAUGA